AUGAAGUUCUUGGUUUGCUUUGUGAUGUUCCUCUCAAAGGCAGUGGCCAUUCUAGAUUUGUCUGGAAAAGUGUUCAUUUUUCCAGAAGAAACUGAAACGGCUCACGUAAGGCUCACAGUGGGGCAGAGCAGUUUCAGCACUAUAACAGUGUGUCACAGAACUUUCACUGACCUCACACGAAGCCAUGCCUUCUUCUCAUUGGCCACACCAUCAAAUCAAAAUGAAUUUCUCACUUUUUGGAAUGGCGACCAGAAGAAGAUUAUGCCUCAUCAUAAUAGCCCAGUUUCUUACACAGUGGACUACACCCCAAACGUAUGGCACUCCAUGUGCACCACCUGGGACUCCAGCACAGGUCUGGUGCAGCUGUGGUUCAACGGACGACUUCUGAGCAAGAAAUACAUCUCUGACUCCUGGAUCAAUGGACUGCCCAUCGUCAUCUUGGGACAGGAACAAGACAGUUACGGCGGCGGGUUCGACAUCCGGCAGUCUUUCACGGGGAUGAUAUCAGAUGUUCACAUGUGGGACUAUGAGCUGUCUUCCUGUGAGAUCCAGAGCUACGUGAACGACCAGAACUACACUCCAGGAAACAUCAUCAACUGGAGAGCUCUGGACUUUCAGAUCACCGGGAGAGUCCUCGUCGAAUACAAACAAGUGCCCUGCAACCUACCGAUACCAUUUUAUUAA